AUGGCGCGGCGGGGCACGGAGGCGUUCCCGGACCUGGGCGCGCACUGCGACGAGCCCGACUGCAACCAGCUCGACUUCCUGCCCUUCGACUGCGACGGCUGCGGCAAGGUCUUCUGCGCCGCGCACCGGACCUACCGGGACCACAGGUGCGCCAAGGCGGCGGACCAGGGCCGCACCGUCGUCGUGUGCCCGGACUGCGGCGACGCCAUCGAGAGGCUUGUCCCGGGGCAGGACGAGCGGGAGAUCCUGGCGGCGCACGCGCUGUCGCGGCGCUGCGACCCGGCCAAGAAGCGCAAGCCCCGGUGCCCCGCGCAGCGGUGCAAGGAGCAGCUCACGUUCUCCAACACCCAGCACUGCAAGGGCUGCGGCCGGAAGGUGUGCCUCAAGCACAGGUUCCCGGCCGACCACGACUGCGCCGCCAGUGCACGCGCCGCGGCGGGAGCGGCCGCGGCGAGGAGGGCCGGCGGGGAGUGUGGCCGUGGCGCGCGGGAGGAAGGGAGCGGCGGUUGGGCGCUGCCGGCGUCCAUCCGGAGCCUCAAGAUCUUUUGA